GUGUUCCAGAGCUGAAGGGGAGGCCUUGGGAGUGACUCAGACCUGACCUGAUAGCUGUGGAACUUUCAAUAAAUGACUUAAAGGCAGUGACCCUCUCUGUCUUUACCUGUGAAGUGGAAAUUUUGUGUGUGUGUUGUGGAGGGCCUGUCGAGAAUCAAACGAGAUGAGGCAUUAAUGUCCUUCCAGUAGCACUUGGUGGGAAGUUACCCAGGGGAGGAAUGCCACAGCCACAGGGGCCAGGCAGGCACUGGAUGUAAGACAGGAAGAAGUGGCGGGAACUAUGAAGAAGCAGGCUGACGGAGCCAGUGCGGCUGGAAGGAAAAGCACCGCAAGCAGGGAACGCUUGAAGCGCAGCCAGAAGAGCGCCAAGGUGGAGGGCCCAGAGCCGGUGCCUGCUGAGGCCUCACUGAGUGCCGAGCAGGGGACGAUGACGGAGGUGAAAGUGAAGACCGAGCUGCCUGAUGAUUACAUCCAGGAAGUGAUCUGGCAGGGCGAGGCCAAGGAGGAGAAGAAGGCCAUCAGUAAGGAUGGGACCGGCGAUCUGCCUGCUGAGAUCUGCGUGGUGAUCGGCGGCGUCCGCAACCAGCAGACCCUUGAUGGAAAAGCGCCCGAAGGCAGCCCCCACGGUGGAUCUGUACGAAGCCGGUAUUCAGGGACCUGGAUUUUUGACCAAGCAUUGAGAUAUGCAUCUGGCUCCUAUGAAUGUGGCAUCUGUGGAAAGAAGUACAAGUAUUACAACUGUUUCCAGACGCAUGUACGGGCACACCGAGACACCGAAGCCACCUCAGGGGAGGGAGCCUCCCAAAGCAACAACUUCAGGUAUACGUGCGACAUCUGUGGGAAGAAGUAUAAGUACUACAGCUGUUUCCAAGAGCACCGGGACCUGCAUGCUGUGGAUGUGUUCAGUGUGGAAGGGGCCCCCGAGAAUCGGGCAGACCCCUUCGACCAAGGUGUCGUGGCCACUGAUGAGGUGAAGGAGGAGCCCCCGGAACCGUUCCAGAAAAUUGGUCCAAAAACUGGCAACUACACCUGUGAAUUCUGUGGGAAGCAGUACAAGUACUACACACCCUACCAGGAGCAUGUGGCCUUACACGCCCCCAUCAGUACUGCCCCCGGGUGGGAGCCACCGGAUGAUCCAGACACGGGCUCUGAGUGCUCACAUCCAGAGGUCACUCCAUCUCCACGCUUCGUGGCAGCGAAGACCCAGGCGAACCAGGCGGGGAAAAAAGCUCCGGCCUCAGUGGUCCGAUGCGCCACGCUCUUACAUCGCACCCCUCCAGCCACCCAAACCCAGACGUUCCGCACUCCAAACUCGGGAUCUCCAGCGAGCAAGGCGACCGCAGCAGAAAGCGCGUUCAGUCGGAGAGUAGAAGGCAAAGCACAAAACCACUUUGAAGAGACCAACAGCAGUUCACAAAACUCCAGCGGUGAGUGUGUCUGUGACAGCCACCCUGCGCUGCUGCCACCACCGCCACCCCAUCUGCAGCGUUGGCAGGCGCCCCAUGGGCUGGGGUCUUCUGAAACUGCAAGUCCCCUGAUUUCCAAUCCUUUCCCUGUCCUGCAGAAGCCCUACACCUGCGGCGCCUGUGGGAUCCAGUUCCAGUUCUACAACAACCUGCUGGAGCACAUGCAGUCACACGCAGCUGACAAUGAAAACAACAUCACCCCCAACCAGUCCCGAUCGCCACCUGCUGUCGUGGAAGAGAAGUGGAAACCUCAGGGCCAGAGGAACAGUGCCAAUAACACCACGACCAGUGGUUUAACACUCAACAGCAUGAUCCCUGAAAAGGAGCGGCAGAACAUCGCAGAGCGGCUGUUGCGGGUCAUGUGUGCUGACCUGGGUGCCCUGAGUGUGGUCAGCGGGAAGGAGUUCCUCAAGUUCGCCCAGACUUUGGUAGACAGUGGUGCCCGCUAUGGAGCCUUCUCAGUCACUGAGAUCUUGGGCAACUUCAACACGCUGGCACUAAAGCACCUGCCACGUAUGUACAACCAGGUGAAGGUGAAGGUGACGUGUGCCUUGGGCAGCAAUGCCUGCCUGGGCAUUGGUGUCACCUGCCACUCUCAGAGUGUCGGCCCUGACUCCUGCUACAUCCUCACAGCCUACCAGGCAGAGGGUAACCACAUCAAGAGCUAUGUCCUGGGGGUAAAGGGUGCAGACAUUCGUGACAGUGGUGACCUGGUGCACCACUGGGUGCAAAACGUGCUGUCAGAGUUUGUGAUGUCAGAGAUCAGGACAGUGUAUGUGACGGAUUGCCGGGUGAGUGCAUCCGCCUUCUCCAAGGCCGGCAUGUGCCUUCGCUGCUCAGCCUGUGCCUUGAACUCAGUGGUGCAGAGUGUGCUGAGCAAGCGGACGCUGCAGGCCCGCAGCAUGCACGAGGUCAUUGAGCUGCUGAACGUGUGCGAGGACCUAGCAGGCUCCACAGGCCUUGCCAAGGAGACCUUUGGGUCUCUGGAGGAGACAUCACCACCACCCUGCUGGAACUCGGUGACAGACUCGCUGCUAUUAGUGCAUGAGCGCUAUGAGCAGAUCUGUGAGUUCUACAGCCGAGCCAAGAAGAUGAACCUCAUCCAGAGCCUCAACAAGCACCUGCUCAGCAACCUGGCGGCCAUCCUCACACCUGUGAAGCAGGCUGUCAUCGAGCUGAGCAAUGAGAGCCAGCCCACCUUGCAGCUGGUACUGCCUACCUAUGUCCGGCUGGAGAAGCUCUUCACAGCCAAGGCCAACGAUGCGGGCACCGUCAGCAAGUUGUGUCACCUCUUCCUAGAGGCGCUCAAGGAGAACUUCAAGGUGCACCCAGCCCACAAGGUGGCCAUGAUCCUGGACCCACAGCAGAAGCUUCGGCCUGUGCCACCCUACCAGCACGAGGAGAUCAUCGGCAAGGUCUGCGAGCUCAUCAACGAGGUGAAGGAGUCCUGGGCGGAGGAGGCCGACUUCGAGCCCGCCGCCAAGAAGCCUCGCACUGCCGCCAGCGAGCACCCCACAGCUCAGGACGAUGAUCGCCUGGGGAAAAGCGAAGUGUACGAUUACCUGCAGGAGCCCCUCUUCCAGGCCACCCCAGAUCUCUUCCAGUACUGGUCAUGCGUGACCCAAAAGCACACAAAACUCGCCAAGCUCGCCUUCUGGCUCCUGGCAGUCCCAGCUGUUGGGGCAAGAAGCGGAUGUGUAAAUAUGUGUGAACAAGCACUUCUCAUUAAAAGGAGGCGACUGCUCAGUCCAGAAGACAUGAACAAACUCAUGUUUCUGAAAUCCAACAUGCUUUAAGACUUUACUUCGGGAAAGCAGAAAAACAAAGCAAAACAAAAGAAGAACAUUAGAAAAAAACACAACACUGUCACAAACAAAGAAAAGGAAUUUAAGUUCUAAACACUGUGGACCUCAUUCUAAAUGCCCCCUGGAAACUUAAGUGCUUUUUUUCAGUGUGUGUGUGCAUGUGUGUCUAUACCCACAUAUGUGCACGUGUCUGAACACACAUGCCAUGGGUGUGGGGGCUUUGUGCUCAUCUGUGCAGCCAGAGGACCUUCCACAUGCGUGCACACACACACACACGACCCUGGUGCAUUGGGCUGGGUGUGUCAGGAAAGCCAAGUGACUGGGAAAGGAGAGAAGUUUCACCUUUUCUCGGGAAGGGGCUCUAAAGACUCCAUUUUUCAGGUGUGCAGAUUGGGAGAAACUGAUGUCGUGAAAUGUUCAGGCAGCUGAGAUCUGAAGUGACUUGACACGCCCUGCCCUCCACCCCUGCUGCCCCCACCCUCCAGCCCCCCAAGCCCCACAGUGCCCUCCCCCUGCCCCAGCUGCCAUGGAUUCUCCAAACUGCAUCCAAUGGACAGUUUCUGCACUGGACUUUGUUUCUUGUUCACCUUCAGGGCAUUGAGCUGCUGCCUUUGUGGUCACCCUUGGGUGUCUCCAGGCAGCCGCCUUAGAAACACACCUAUCUAUCUCCCCAAAUCAGGAAAGGAGACUUUAAGAAUAUAAAGCUGACAUUUUGCUUUUUAAUAUAAGAGAAAAAAAAGACAUUUUUCAGAGAAGUAUAGAUAACUGUCUCCACUCAAUAAGUUUUUUCCUAACAUUUUAGCAAUUUUUACCUUUUUGGGGGUUCAUUUUAUUUUUUCAAAUAUGAGUUAGACUCUGCUAGGAGGCACUGAAUGUCUUUAAGUUAUGUUUUGGAGUGUUUGGGUUUUUUACUUGCCCUUUUUGUUCCUCAAGUCACACUGUAAACUAGCUCAUCUCAGUGGUAUAUUCAGCACCCUAAGGUUUUUAUCAGCCUUCCCCAUACAGUCCAGUUUUCCUGUAUUCAGACAGACAAGACUGUGCUGUCUGGAGACCAAGGGACAGGGAGGGUUUGUGGGUUCCUCAGAUGUGGGGUUUGGUGGAAGCCAUAUGGGCAGCACUUGGGGUUCUCCUGAAUGUAAGCAGAAGAGCCACAGCCUGGUUGGCUGUGUCUGGUACAGUACCGUGAGCAUCUGGCUUCUGUUCCCAGAGUGCUUUCCGCUCCUCACCACAUCCCCCACCCUUCCGGCCCCUCAGGGCUCCCGAGUUGAUGGGUAUUCACAUCCACCAAACCCCAGACCCACUCUCUCCUCCCUUCCCAGGGUUCAGGCAGUUCAUAGCCCUCAGGGGUCCCUACAGGCACCUCCAACGUCCAACCAGGACAGCAGUUGAGCUCGGUGCAUUGUGGGCUGAAUAGUUGAUGCUUUGAGGGUGGACUCCCUCCCUCGACUUGAUGCUGUGACAGGGGUUUUUAGGCCCCUCUCCUGAUCCCCCAGCCAUGAGCAACCAAGGUUCUGCUGAGAAAAACCCAUUCUCUCCAAGAAGAUCAGCUCUCAACCCCACCCCACCCAAGUGAAUAAAGAGCUGGUAGUCCCCUGUCCCUUGGUUGUCUAUGGCUGUGGGGUAGGGAUGGUUGCACUGCAGGCUGAGAAUGACCACCAUGAUUGCAGGGGCAUCUUCUGCCAUUGUGGGGGUUGGCUAAGUGGGCCCCUCCCCAGUAAUAAAGCAUUACUCAACUGUGAGAUACCUCGACUACAAAAAGCACUGUACCAUAGCACUCUGCCCUGGGGCCCUGGCAGGAGGGGAGUAAAGUUGGUUUAAAACUCAAAAAGGCUUAAGCAUCAUGAUCCUGGGCCCAGAACACUGUACACUUUGCCUCAUGAAACUAACCCAGCUCUCCCUGCAGUCUUGGACAUGUUGAAAUGGAUCAGAGUGGGCCAUUUCCACAAUCGCUUCAGCAAGCCAUGGUCUCAGGAACCACAGGCUGGCUCCUCUCCUGGAGAAGAAGUUCUAGAUAUUUAUUCUACAUUUCCAACUCAUUACCACCACUGGAAGAGCCUCCGUCCACAGUGGAGCAGGAACAGGGAGAACCUAGACAGGAACCAAAUGUUGCUUCCUAGAGAAUAUGAAGCAUCGGCAGAUUUUGAUCAGACCUUUGGACAUUCUGGAAGGUGGGCUCCGGGUUACUGAUGAUUGACGGAUGCUUCUUACUAAUCUUGCUUGACUGCUGGAUGGGACAAUCACAACUUGGCACUGGAAGGAUAGGAGCUGACUAUUGGGAUGUCAGUGAAAGCAGAGCCAGUUAUGCUGACGGGGCUGUUACUAGGCCAAUGAAUUGCAAAACCAUCAGGCACACUUAGAUACGCAGUUAGAGCAUGAGAUGCUUGCCCUCUGGAAUGAAAAUUAGAGUAAGUCACAUUUACUGGAAGUAUCUGGAAUUAGUUUGUCACCUCCAAUAAUCCAGUUCUUUUACACCUCAGUUCAAUACGUAGGCUCAGCUUGCCUCUGCAGGCUUGGUGUAAAUGCUGUUAGGUCCUCAGAAAGCUGUCUCCUGUCCACAUAGCUAACAGUGGCAGGCAGUCAUUUCUCCCUUGUGACCUUGGUUCCCCAGAAACUGGUGUCACCAACAGAAAAGGCUGUACCAGGUACCUUCUCAGCCUGCUUUCUCAUCCAGACCCUUCCCACAGUGCAUAUCCUGCUAUGACAUGCAGCUUAACAAAACCCAAAGAUCUCACAGGUCAGCCACCUGCCCCAUUAUUUCCAGCAAUAUCCACCUUACCAAAUUUCCAGCUCAUCCAAAGGAUUGAGAUGGGCUUUUCCAGUUCAUCUCCUGGUGCCUAGCUUGGCCUUGACCUUCAGAAUUUGUCAUCUGCCCCACAGUUCUGACUACCAUAGGUCUCCACCACAGGUUAUUGGGAGCUAGGAGACCAGGAAGUUGGGCCAUUUCUGUCAUAUCUUUUCAAGUAAAGGUGGCUCUCCCUGCUGACUUGGAUACAGCUUGCCUCAGGCUACAUGAUUCCCAGGACAGAAACAGCCUUUGUUUUGACAUCCACAGACCCAAGGGGGAGGUGGAAGAAGUAUACUUCCACCCAGCAGAGCUUUUCCCCCUCUGUGAUCACCAACAGAGCCCAAGCCAAAGACUGCAGCCUCGUAAGUGGUUCUUUGGACUUUCAUUAUCCCAGGGCUCUCAGGUCUACCUGAUUGUGGAUGGAUGCAAGCAUCCAAGAACAGUUCCCAAUGCCUAGGUCAGCCUGUCAAGUCUCCCCCUGGUGGCAUUUAGAAACCAGGAACUGGUGCCAUCUGAACAAACCUACCUGUUCUUUUCUGUGGGUUCCCAGCACAGAAAGCCACCUGCUACAUCACAGGUUAGGACAUGUCCCCACCGUCCCACUGGAUGGCUUCACGGUUGGCAUCAGGGAGAAUGCACCGAGGUUUCCUGGCAAAGAGAGAAGGGCACCCCGUGGCAUGAAUGGGAAGUCAUGGAUCUCCAGAAGUCCAUGAAGGAAUUUUGGCUUCUCUGUCAGUUUGAGCUGUUAAGCUCUCGCACUUUCUAGAAACAACAGAUUAGCCACUGUGAAGCUAAAACCUCUGCCUUUAGGAGCCCCCUGUUCUUAACACCUCCUUACCUCAGACUUGGGCUUGACUCCUUGAAGAGUGGGCACCUGGAGAGACGUCAGAGGUGUUGCAUGUACUAUCUAGGGCCACAGGGUAACCAGAAGGUUUGCAGUGGAGCCAGGCCAAACAGAAAACAGAAGCCUGUGAGAUGCUCAGCAGGGUCAUUAUCGUCAUGCUGUGCUUGAAGAGGAGGGGCUGAGGGCAUGGUGGCUGGGCUCUCUCAUAAGCUGCACUGGAUGCUGAGCAUCGCCCUGGCCUUGGGAGCGUGGCAAUGACACUAUCUCUGGGAUGUAUUGGAGGAUUCCUGGGAAGGCUGUAGUUUGGACAGAACCGAGAGACUGCGUGAGGCUCAGGCUGUGCCCCAGAGACAGCAGCGGGGGCUCUGGUCCCUGCCCUGCCAGCCCUGCCCCCUGCUGGGUUGUGGUCCAUCCAGGAAGGAGCCGUCCCUCUUCACUGUGGCAAAUGUUUGCUAGGCCAGUUAUGGUGAACCAAUGAUAACGGUGUUUUCCCUCUUACAUUUCCCUCCAGGUCUCCCCUUUGCAGGGUUUGGGGGUGGGGGGGAUUUUGUUGUUCUUGUUGUUUUCUUCCUCUCUCAUUUGGGUCUAAAGAUCGUGGUCGGGAGAGCCCUGGCUUCUACCCAAGGAGCCUUGAGGUUUCUGUAUGAAAAGGCGCCUACUCCCACGGGGAUGAGGGAGCAGCUCUGAAUCACUGUCUGCCACCUUCAGGCACCCGCCCCCACCGCUACCACGGGCGAUGCUGUGAAGAUUCAGCUCCUGUACCGAGGAUUUGCCAGGUUUGCAUCCGGGCAUUAGCAUCAUGACCCAGCAGGGUCCUGCCCACCCAAGCGUCCCACUGGGCACCUUGACUCUUCGAACCAAAGUUCCUUAAAAGGGCACAGCCCAGCCUUGUCCUCAACCUCAGGGGCCUGGGAUUUCUGUGGCACAGCCUGAAAUCCCGGUUGGCCAAGACCAUGCGGUCUGAGACCUGCCGGAAGGAAGGGCUCCUCCCACAACCCAGUGCCAGCCGGUCUCUUCCUAGGACCUCCGGCUGCCCAGCCAGGGUGGGUGCCUUCCCAAGGGGCAAGCGAGCUCAUGGACCGACAUGGGCUGGGCCUCGCCAGCCAGGAGAGAGCAAGAGCCCCGCGGCAGGGCCAUCCACAUCCCAAGCAUCAGGAAAUCAUUUUGUACAACCACCCAAAGCAGAGAUAUUUUUUAAGAAGCGUAAAUUAUUUUCAGUUUUCUGAUCCCACCUUUUACUUUGCCCCACAACUUCACGUCGGUGAUUUGUUCACAUCAGGUAAAUCUUGAGAACGCCUUGGUGCCCGCUCCCGCCUGCCCCCAGUCAGUAUCCACAUGUGUGCUCCCCACCCCUCUUCAGUAGUUAAGACAUUCUAGGCAAUACCAUAGGCACAUCUGACUGUGUCUCUCUCUUCGAGUGCAAGAAACUCAAGUCAUCUUAAAAAAAAAAACAAAAAACAAAAAAAAUUUACAAAAAAACAAACACAAAAAAAUAUCUUUUUUAGGCCAGAGUUUUCUACAGGUAUUAAUGAAUAUUUUUCUUAAUCCUUAUAAGUUUUAUGUGUUUAAUAUUUCUUAAUACCGGUAGCAUUAAUUUAUACUUUUGUAGCAACACAAUAUUUUUAUAAACAGCCAGUGCUUGGCUCAAGUCUUCACGGGGGUUUAUGCAGGGCCAUCUGGGGACCCUGUGUACCAUGUACUGUAUUUAAAAAAAAAAGUUACCUAGUGUCACACUCGCUGUGUUAACAAAAGAUGUUGUUGGCGGUCUCCUUUCUUGUUGGUGUGGGUCCAACAGUUCACGAGGAGUCACAUUGCAUGGGGGUUGAGUUGACGGUUCUUGUGAUAUGUAAACCCCCGAGACCAAACUUGAGGGUUUAUUUAGGGUUUCGUGUGUGUCCUUUGGGUUUCUGUUUCAUUUUGUUUUGGUACCGUUUCUCCAUUUACAACCAAAUCAGUUUCAUGAUGUUUAAAACUUCUACUGAUGUCAAAUGGAGGAAAGGAUUGGAAAAAAAUUUUAUAAAGUAAUAAAAUUUAAAACUGAGCUGUUUAAAUGUUGCUGUUUUUACCUGUCUGUUCGUGUCCAAAAGUGGGACAUUCUCUGGGAGAAGAGGAGAGUUCCACCUGGUUCCUUAAGUCGCCAAAAGCCCCAGCCCAGGAUUCUGUAUCCCCCUGGCCCCCUUGAAUUCUCAGAACAUUAUUUCCCAGUUGGUUGAUGCCAAGGCAAAAAGACAUCCUUUUAAUGGAUAGAGAGGAUCAGUUGCUUAAAUGAGUUCAUGUCAGUGUUGUAUUUAUGGUUUUACAAUAAAAUGAACUUUAGGAA